UGACAGCGAGAGACAGUGUGUGUGUAUGUGUGUGUGUGUGUGUUGAGGAGAGGCAGUGAGUGAGAGACCCUGACGGCAGCAGAGAGAGGACACAACAAAGAAAGGAGCUUCCUCUUUGGGAUCACAGUCAGACUUUUGUCUCUGUCUUUGUGUUUUGGAGUUUGGUGACAGCAGCAGCAGCAGCUCACGCUCCCGUUCUGACUUUAUGAGCAGCAGCAGUGUGUUUGUGUAGUCCUGUGGUGUUACUGGACCGCCCCACCCAACACACACGCCCACCACUCCGUCAGGACCUUCAUGUGUCGCAGGGAGCUGUGGACAACUCAGUGGAUAUGGACCGCCUGAACAGGAACAUGCCUGAGUGCGGACGGCAGACCCACCAGGUGUUAAAGAGCACUCCUCUGGACCUAUACGAGACUGGAAAGGGGCUGAAGUUCCAAGCAGAGCGCCCCCACCUGGUCAGCCUGGGCAGUGGACGGCUGAGUACAGCCAUCACCCUGCUGCCGCUGCCCGAGGGCCGGACCACACUGGGUCAUGGCCCCAUGGACAUCAGCAUCCAGGGCCCCGGAGUGGGCGCCCAGCACUGCUACAUAGAGAACAGGUCAGGGGUCAUCACGCUGCACCCCUGUGGAAACCUCUGUGCGAUAGAUGGGCUGCAGGUCACACAGCCCACCCGCCUGUCACAAGGCUGUAUGCUGUGUUUCGGCCAGUCGGCCUUCUUCCGCUUCAACCACCCUGAAGAAGCCUUCAGGAUGAAGAGCAUGGUGCCCCAGGGAGGAAGUGUCUCCUCCGGGGACUACAGACUAUGUCCAGACACAGAGAGCUUGGUCAAUGGGAAUCACCAGGCCAGUCCCGCCCAGUCUCCCCCAGCUCCUGGAGAUAAAGUCCAGUCUGAGCACAGUGCAAUUGUCAGCUCUAUUGAGAAGGACCUCCAGGACAUCAUGGACUCCCUAGUCAUGGACGACCCUCAGCCUUCUUCCUCAGAGGGCAAAAAGCCUCCUGGAGGCAUUCCCCACUCCCCGCUGUCGCCCAUGGUCAAUGGAGGGGGCCGGUAUCUGCUGUCCCCUCCUACCAGCCCAGGGGCUAUGUCCGUGGGGUCCAGCUAUGAGAAUACAUCGCCACCCUUCUCUCCCCUCUCCUCCCCAUCAGCGGCCAGCAGUGGGAGCUUUACAAGCCCGUCUCCUAGUGGAGGACCCCAGGACCAGAGUUCUUCUCUGCCGCCAGUGCCUGUACGCUCCUCUAGCUACAACUUCACCACCCAGCCUCCACCUGUACCCCAGCCACGGACCAUACUGCCUAACUUCAGCAGCGGUGGGGCGGGCCAGAAGGUUCAGGAAAGCCCCAGGCUGCAGAGGAAGGUCUUAACAGAGGCCCCUCCAAGCCCUAAGCCAAGCCGCAGAGGACUAGGCCAAGAUGGGUCUGAGAGCCCCCGACAGACUCCUUUGUCCUCUUGUGAAUCUCUCAGUAGUAGAAACAUUGUGCCAAGUAGCCCCAGACUCACUCCCAAAUUCCCUUCCUGUCCAUCCCCGUCUCCCUCCAGUCCCAGGACCAAGGCAGCCACAGUGCUGCAGGAAAGGCCUGCCAGCCCUUUCAGAGAACAGACCAGUCUAGCUGAUUGCCCCCUAAACUCCAGCCCCUCCAGGCAGCUUUCUCAACCCACCAGAGCCUUCCAGCCUCCCCUGGACCCCAUCGUCCACAUCAUCCAAGGAUCGCCGCUCCAGCAGCAUUCACGUUCGCUGCAGCCCCCUGAGAGCCCUCGCAUGGCCAGGAGAAACAUGGAGCUCAACGGUGGCGGUGGAGGUGUCAGCAGUAUGAGAGAGCUGCCCCCUCUUAGCCCCUCCAUGGCUCGGAGAGGGGUCCCGGUACUCCCAGGGGCGCUCCCAGGGACUAUCCCUUCCUUGAGGACUCCAGAUAGCCCCUCAGGUCUGAGCAAGCUUAUCCCAGAGAGUCCCAGGCUUCGACGCAAGACCGGAUCUAUGUCCGAGGAGCCGACGUGCAGCAGGGGGAUCCGAGACCGCAGUCCGUCGCCUACCUCUAUGAUGAUGGAGGGCGGUGGUGGUGCAGGAGCACGUAAGGCGAGUUUUGGGAAUUCGCUGUCACCUGCUUACAGUCUAGGCUCCCUGCCUGGCUCGUCCCCCGUGGCCAGCCCGAGGACCCACAGGAAGAUGUCCGCAGGGAGACCCCACCCUGGGAUGAGGGAGAGGAAGAACAGCAUCACAGAGAUCAGUGACAACGAGGACGAGCUGCUGGAGUACCACCGACGACAGAGGGAGGAGAGGCUUCGAGAGCAGGAAAUGGAGAGACUGGAGAGACAGCGACUAGAGACCAUCCUGAACCUCUGUGCUGAAUACAACAAAGGCGAGAGCACCGGCCUGGACCCCCUGGCCUCAGGGAGAACAGGUUUCCCAGGAGCGCUAGCAGAUGGCAUGGGGCGGAGACCGUCCAUGGAGAAUGUCCUCGGAGGGACAGCGUCCUCAGCCGCUCUCCGCCUGCUGCAGAGACAGAGAGAGAGCGACGAGGAGAACCUGAAGGAGGAGUGUAGUAGUACAGAGAGCACUCAUCAGGAGGUGAGGACGUCUCCUGCUCUCAGCACAGCAUCAGCACUGCACAAUGGAGACAGACAGCAUGAGGACUCCAGUUCAGGCAGCGCAGGUCGUCUGGAGCUGGGUUACCUGGAAGACGAGCGGGUUCGCGUCCUCUCUCGGAUCGAUGAGCUCAAGAGUAGACUGACGGAGCUGGAGCAACAACUCCAGGAGUCCAAACAAGAGGCAGAGAUGGAGCGUGCCUUGCUGCAGGGCGAGAGGCAGGCGGAGCUCGACCAAAUAGAGGCCGAAACGGACAUCAUCACUCAGCUGCAGCACAAGCUGGACGAGCUGGAGAGCGCCAUCCAGAGGGAGAAAGACAAGGAGAGGGCUAAUGUUGAGGCCGAGCGGCGGGCCCUGCAGAGCCUCCAGGAGGGCUACGCUGAGUUGGAGAACCAGCUUCAUAACUGUCCCGAGUCGCUGCGGGAACAGUUGCAAGAACAGCUCAAAAGGGACGGAGAGGCGCUGGAGACAGGAACCAAAAAGUUUGAGGACUUGGAGUUUCAGCAGCUGGAGAGAGAGAGCAGCCUGGAGGAGGAAAGAGAAACCAUCAGCCAGCAGCUGCUCCAGGAGAGAGCCGAGUACCACAACAGUGUGGCCAAGAGGAAGGAGAAGGUAUCCGCUCUGGAGAGCCAGGCCAACCAGCUCGGCCUGCAGGCGUCCCAGGAGUGUGAGCGGCUGGCCAAAGACAGAACCCUCACACUGCAGAUGCUCCAAAAGGAGAAGGAGAGGCUGUCGGCCCUGGAGAAGAGAUACCACAGCCUGACGGGUGGAAAGAGCUUCCCCAAGUCCUCCACUGCGAUGAGAGAGGAGUACAUGAAGCUGUCGGAUGUCUAUAAGAUGUACGGCAGCGGCGGCCUCCGCGAAAGCAGCAAGCCCGCCUCUCACGGCCGCUCGUUUGCCGUCGAUGCUGCAUUAGCUGGCGCCUGCGAGGAGUAUGUGACAGUGGGACAGUUAAAUCAGAUGUACGGGAUGCCCAAGGUGGAGUCGUCCCCGACUUCCCCGCUUCGCCAGCCUCUGCAGCCCGGAGCAGUAGACCCCGCCUUCUCCUGCCUCUCCUCUCCACACGGCUCCUCCCUUUCUCUCUCUGUGGAGUACCCGUCUGAAGGUAGCAGGUCUCACCUGCCCAAGCUAGAUUUAGAGCAGUGGUACCAGGAGCUGAUGGCUGGCUCCAGCCAGCUCUGUGCUCCCCCUCUGCCAGCCAAGUCUCUGUCGGGCCGCAGGCCUGUGCUGCAGGUGUUCCGCUCCAAGCUGGACAGUGAUCAGCCUAAAUCAGCCUCUGGAUCCCCUCUGCAGCACGGAGCAGCAACACUGGGACGCAACUCGAGCCCAAAGAGCCCCCUGCUGGCGGCCAACAGCACUGGCAGUCUGCCCAGGAACUUGGCUGCAACCCUGCAGAACAUCGAGACCAAGAGACAGCUGGCUCUGCAGCAGAAAGAGCCCCAGACCUCCAGACAGAUCACCAUAGAGGGAAGCUCAGCAGGUCAGCAGGUGAUUGAAGAGCAGCGUCGACGUCUGGCCGAGCUCAAACAGAGAGCGGCGGUGGAGGCUCAGUGUCAGUGGGAGGCGCUCCACGGCUCGCAGCCCCACCUCAUGACUUCGUCCUCCUCGUCGCCCUCCUACUCCCCGAUCAUGUCCUAUAGCCCCGCGCUGAGCCACAGCUCCGCAGGCCCCGGCCCUCUGGUCCACCACUCCAUCCUGCACCACCAGCCCCCGUCAGCCGGGGAGCAGCCCUACGACACCCUGAGCCUGGAGAGCUCCGACAGCAUGGACACCAGCGUGUCCACGGGGAACAACUCGGCCUGCUCACCAGAUAACAUGUCCAGUGUCGGAGGAGUGGACGCGCUGAAGAUUGAGGAGAUGGAGAAAAUGCUGAAGGAGGCGCAGCUGGAGAAAGCCAGACUUAUUGAAUCGCGGGAACGAGAGAGCCUGGCUCGUCGUCAGAUGCUGGAGGAGGAGAGGAGGAGGAGGGAGGAGGCGGAGAAGAGACUGCAAGACGAAACUUUCCAUCGGCAGCAGCUCGUGGAGAAGGAGGUCAAGAUGAGGGCCAAGAACUUCUCUCAGGCCCGUCCCAUGACUCGCUACCUGCCCAUCCGGAAGGAGGAGUUCGACCUGCGUUCCCACGUUGAGUCGUCGGGCCACAACGUGGAGACGUGCUAUCAUGUCAUCCUCACGGAGAAGAUGUGUAAGGGCUACCUGGUGAAGAUGGGAGGCAAGAUCAAGUCCUGGAAGAAACGCUGGUUCGUCUUCGACCGUCUCAAGAGGACCUUCUCCUACUAUGUCGACAAACAUGAGACCAAGCUGAAGGGUGUGAUCUACUUCCAGGCAAUAGAAGAGGUCUAUUAUGAUCACCUCCGCAGUGCCACAAAGAGUCCGAACCCCGCCCUGACCUUCUGCGUAAAGACCCACGACCGGCUCUACUACAUGGUGGCCCCCGCAGCAGAGGCCAUGAGGAUCUGGAUGGAUGUGAUCGUCACAGGAGCAGAGGGAUACACACAGUUCAUGAACUGAGAGACACCCAGCAGCACAGGGAGCGCAGGUGACGAGCAGAUAGUUUCGGCAGGGACUCUCCCAUCACAGACUCUACAGGCCCUUCCUGUUUCCAGUCCACAGCGGACACAACGCCUUGUUUGUUACUUUUCAUUUUUAAUCUCACACUUUUGAUUUUACUAUGUAGAUGUUUUCACCUCUGCAUUUUCUACGUGAUUCAGUUUGGAUUGAAAAAGGGAGCCCUUGGAGGACAUAAACACUUACACACACAUCUGUAUAUAAACCAAAAUGUAUACCUGUCAAAGACUUUUAAAAAGCCUUCUAUAUUGCCAAAUGGAGAUCUUGUAGUUACUGUUUGUUGAACCUUUUAUAUUAUUUGUUUCCUUUCUUUCUCUCGUUUUUUUUACUUGUAGAGAAAAUUGCCAAAUGACAUAAUGCCAAUGUUUUGUUUGAGUGUUCCAUCAUGACUAUGCUCAGUUUAGACAGAGAGUAUAAAAGAAUCUUCAAUCUGAGGGUUAAUCAAUUUAUAAAUAUAUUUGAAAGAAUCUUAUUCAAAAUGUAUGAAUCUAUGAGAAAUAAUAGAAAUCAGUCAACAGGGACUGGACGUGAUCGAAGAGUCCAGCACACUCGUCUGUAACAGUGAAACACAGUAAAACAUUGCAUCCUCUACAAGUCACGUCACCUCAGUGCUGCUCGUAGACUCAACACUAACACUAAAUCACGUGCAGCAUCUGCAGCAGAUUAAAGUGUCCACAGCUACGUCCUCGUCACAUUACUUCACAUAGGCUUACCAAAGUUAUUGUAGGUAUUUUGUUAAGACUUUGACCCACUACAGCUCAGGAGUUCACGCUGCAGUUCUCACUAUGGUUCAACCAAUAUGGGGUUUCAGAAGCCGGUACUGGUAUCACUAUUGAAGCCGUGCGAUAGUUGGUAUAUUUCAAUCUUACAAAAAAGCCCCACCAAACCCAGAAUAAUAAAAUUCUUUACGGACUGGCACUUCAGUUUGACAUCUUGGGACAUCAGCUUAUUUGCAUCUCCAAAGCUUUCAAAGAAUUCAAGAAUAUCAAACUGUUCCUUUAAGGAAAUUGAUUGCCAGUGGCAGUUUCUCGCUUGGUGCAUACGCCAAAAACAAGUUUCUAGCUUCCGAGUUUACUUCUGUGGUAUGCAGCCCACUGAAUAUGAGCAGUGUUUCUUCUGCUGGCACCGCCCAGCUCACAGACUUUACACUGUGAUGACAUCACAGUUUUUUUAAAUCACUUCUCAGCUUGAGGAAAGUUUUACAAAUUUAAAACCUCCAUAGAUCAAAAAUUCAUAGCAGAAAGAGUCAUAAAUGACUUUGUUUGCAGUUCGACGCUUUCAGAGAUGUCUCUUUUCUAAUGGUGGUCUAUGGGGAAAAUGAUUUUUGGGGAGCAGGGGAUUUUUGCUGCAAUGGCCACUGGGAAAAAAUUGGAAGCAAGGCUGAGCAACGUUCCUGAUGCCCUAAGAACAAUGUGAAACAAGGGGCCACUAGUUGCAAUCAGGACUCAGGACUUAAGUGCAUGGGGAACCCCAACAUUUGGCAAUCAAUUGCUUUCUUACGGAAGUUAGAUGAUACCAGUCUCAGAUAUUGCAAGUGGUAUCAAUCUUCUCAUUUAACACUUGCCAAGAAAGCAGUCUUGACCUCAAAGAAUGAAGCUAGAGCCUGUUUGCUUAGCUUAGCAUUAAGACUGAAAGCAGUGGUCAAGAUCGCCGGCGCAACCAAGAAGAAGUUCCAGCACACAAACAACUUGUUUUUACAUUUUGUUUUUUUGGUCGGUUAAAACAAAUUAGAUAUAACGUUUUCAUUGGAGAGCUUGAGUGUUGGUGAGCAGAUGUUUUGCCUGACAGAGUCAGGCUAGCUGUUUCUCCGUUUCCAGCCUUUAUGCUAAGCUAAGCUAACUGUCUUUUGGCUCUAGUUUAAUAUUUAGCUUGUAUAAUAGACUUUGAAGCAAAUUUUCAAAGUGGCCAAACCAUGCAAUUUCAACAUUGAGGUCUGUCACAUGAUGCCAUUUGGCCCUAAAAGAUUUUUCCAUAGACUUAAAUUGGGAAAGAGACGUCAGUAAAUCAGUAGAUACAUUUUUUCUUGAGAAUCAACAACCGUGAAAUGAUUCCUUUCAAUAUCAGGAUUUGAUCCAUUCGGUGCGAUUACAUUUAAAAGGUCUAGAAGAGAUAUACAAUGAAGUAAUUUAAUCCCUAUUCUAGGUAGCGGAAUGCUAAACCAGAAGUUAGCCGCUUGCACGCAGAAGUCUGUAAUGCAGUUGCUCUAUGGGCACAAUGAUGUGGAAUAUCUGGGUGAACUUUUUUGGCUUCAUGCACCACUGACCAAUCUUCAUAGGAAUGUACGGGACUCACUGUAUCCAGUUAAAUUUAUACAUCAGUGCUGUUAUAGAGCUGUUAUGUUGUCCAGCUUUACACAGUUUAGAUGCCUUUCAACAGAGCCAGGCUCUUUGACUUCACCCUCUAGUGCCAUCUAUUGGUGUAUCUAUGCCCAAAUAAAGGACGCAUGGAAGUAUGAGGGCAGUGACGUUUACAGCGUUUGACAUGGACGAAUCUAUUUUCAGAUGUAAAGGAAGUCUAAAUGAGCCCCUAGCCAACUGACUCCUGGCCCUAGCUUUGUAUUUAGUAUACAGACAGGAAGUAAAUAACUGUUUACCCCCAAAUCUCCCUAAUUCUUCAAAGGAAAAGGCACUUCAUGAAUCACUUCUUUGGCUGCUUUGGAGCUGAAUUUUCCCCUUUAGUUGGGAUGGUUGGUUUUGGUCUUGGUGGGAUCGGCUCAGACGUUGAGUCCCAAUAACCCCCGUCUAUUGGUCUAACCAUAGCUGUGGCGUUCUCAGUGUACUUGUGAAUAUGUUGAACAUAUCUCACUGUGUCUGUAUGCCAACUCAAGGUGUCCAUGUAUGCACUCGUACAAACAGAGGAAGCUCGUCUAUUUGCCAAGUAGCCUUUAGCUAACUUGAUGAUGCGACUACACAGCUGGGAAGCAGCCAUCAUCACUGCCAGCCUAAAGCAGCAACCAGUGGAGGGCGCUACAGAGACCACACCAACACAGGACCACACGGGAUCAACAAUACGGACUAAUGCAAUUCUGAACUGUGCCUUGACUUUGUGUUGUCAUUGAUGCCGUGUCUGUGAGUCCAGCACAGCCUUGCUGGGAGGCUACGAUCGUAUGAAUGCAUCUCAAAUAGUUUCUAAGCUGUAAUGCAGUAAAGGGACAGGCUCGCAUGAGGUGUAAUACUCCAAUAUGGGGACGUCUGCCUGUAGCGUCAUUACAGGCAGAGAUACCGAAGGCCCUGAGUACAGUGGGGAUCAGCUAGGUCACUGGCAUUAUUUAAACUCUGAAUGUACAAAAUAAGUAUAUGCUUUAUAGUGGUUUUUAAAGCUUGACCCAUCCCAGCUGGCACCAAGCCUGGUAAGACCUGGCAGGUGAUGUGAGCUCAACAUUCUGUUUCACUCUCUGUAUCAGUCUGGACUCUGUGCCGCCCCAGACACUUUCAGUGGGUCGGAGUGUCAACAUGAUGUUUUGCAGACGUUGGGUUUCGUUUUCUGUACCUUACAACUCGUUAUUCUACAUCAAGAUGACAUUUGGCACUUAACAACACAACUUUAAACCAACAAAAUAUCAUCUGUCAUUAGUAUUCUAUGUCAAAUUGACGUUGGCAUUAGAUGUUGUGACAUUAAAUUUUGGUUACCUGACAUAUCAAUAUUAAUUCAACCAAAUAACAUCUAAUAGCAACAUUAACCAGCUGGGAAUGGAGUAAAAGUCACAUGAUGCUUCUCAAAGUCAAGGAUGCUUCCUUGGUAGGACAGGCACGUCCAAGUCAGGUCCUUCACAGGCUAGGCAAGACUCCUUCUUAGCAUUCGUUGAUCAAAUAUUGGAACAGGCUAGCGAGUGCCCAGGAGUGCGUCAUUGAGGCCUUGCCUUCAAUUCUGACAAAUCAUGCACAAAGAAUUUUGGUACACGCCGAGGAGGAUGUACAUAUGCAUCCUUGAAAGUUCUCUGAAGGAAGGACCCGGUCUUUGGUAGAAUUCAAAUGAUCUUUGACAUUGCAAGUCCCCCAGCUUGGACUACUAAAGUACCAGAAAUUUCCUUUAAAAUCUGAACCAAUCAGAAAGUUGCAGGAAAUAUUUGAAUUUUAGAAGCAGCUGAAAGUUUGUGUAUGAAAGGAGUUUGAACUCCUUAAAACAUCUCAAAUAUUUUGUACAUUCAGAAGUGAGGGGAUAACUCGUCAUGACUUAGUUUACCGACUUUUUUAUUUGCAAAAGAUUGGCAUCAGAAUCUGAUUAUUGACAAAGCAUUUUCACAUUUAGGGGUUCUGAGAUAUGAGACUACAGAUCAUCUAGAAAUUUGGCUAUAAAAUCUAUUAUCUUUUUUGAUUGAAGACAUUUGUCUUUUAAUUAAAACUUGUUUACUCAACUUAAACUUUAAUACAAUAUUUCGGUAGAGUGGUCCACAGCAAGAGGGUUCUGGGUUUUAUCCCGCUGGCUGGCUUUGGCCCGUUUGUGUAGAGCUGACGUUCUCUGCAGGUUUCCCAGUCUAAAGACAUGCAGGUUUGGUUAUUUGGUGACUCGAAAUUGCCCAUAGGUGUGAAUGUGAGCAUGAACCGUCGCCAAAUGUCAAUUGGGACAUUUGCUCCAGUCCCCCUGCGACCUUGAAUUGGAUAAGCAGUUACAGAUAAUGCUCUGUAUCCCCACUGUGAGCUGAGGCCUGCGUGCACGAGGGUGGAUAAGGAAAUUUUGUAUCUUCAGCUUUAACAGACUGUAACCGACCGGGCUCGCCUGGUGUCUUUGUCGUCAAGUGUUGGAUCAUCACAUUGUGAGUCUGUCGAACCGGCCGGUGUGUAGUUAACAGAUGCUGUCGUCCGUUUUGUAGAAGCAGAGGACAAACUACGCUGUGAUUUUCAGAGCAUGUGGAACUGUUGUUUAGUUUCAUGUGUAGGUACAGUAAUGAUAAUUUAUGGUUGUGGUGCCUGAGAUAGUGACACGUUUACUUCGAGAUGAAAAAAAAAAAAAAAAGACGACUAGUGAAAAGACCUUAAUAUAUUCUGCCCCCCUUGCCUUUACUCUCCCUGCACCGCUAACGCGUGCAAACCAAACUAUUCAACACUGGCAAGGCUGUUAAAUCAUGUCUGUUGAUAGUAGGUGGUAUAUACAUUACUGUUGUUAUCUAUGUUGAAAAGAAAGGAAACUAAAUAUACUGUAAAGAGGAUGCCUGAAUGAAAAAAUAAUCUUACUAUUGAAAUGAAAUGAAACAGUAUUGUAUUAAAAGAAGUACAAUUUUUACUUAUUUUUGUCAUUUUAGAAAUUUUAUUGUCAGUCAGUUACAUUUCAAAUUGUAUGGUAGUGAUGUAUCAAUCUACCUUUUUCUUUUUUACUGGUACAGCAGAACACACAUCUGUACACACACAAACACACACACACCAACACACACACAAUAACUCACCAAGCACUCAUGAGACUGUACUUUUGUUUUUCUAGAACGUAGAUCCUGUUUCACACACACUCACACACACAAUCAGUACUCGGACCAUACUGUGUUAUUGGUACCCUGUAUGUCUCAUGCGUUACUUUCACGUAUGAAUAAUAUGGAUUUUGUCGAAUCUAUUAAAAACAGAACUGUUACAGAACAUCGUUUGCUUUUCUUGAACUCAGUGGGUUAUAAUGUGAAGGAUCCAGUGUUGAGGAGGGACAGCAGUAACUACUGUGUUGAUUCUGAACAGAUUCUCACACUGACUAAUUAUCGGUUCAUUAUUAACAGACAUAAUUCGGAGGACGAGGACAAACCUACCAUAAAACACCAAGUAGAGCAAAGACAAUCAAAAAGCUAAAAAAGGAAAGAACACGUUUGUUCCUAAAAAGUGGACUCACAUUGAAACACAGCUAAAAAGUUUAAAAGGAGUAAAAAAAAAUUAUACAGAAACAGUCUAAGAAAAAAAUAAA